CACUCGGGCCGCGCACGCUCCAAGAGGAAAGGCUUCAGUGCUGGGGCGCCACAGGCAUCGGCAUUCUUCACACAGUUUUAUUUCUUUGUCAGAAACUAGUCCGUUGUCGCCGACAACGACAAGUUACAGGUGAAACCAAAAAACAGCCAGAACGCGUUUGUGUGUCUCCGCGCGGCUUACCGUGCGAAGAGUGUGUCUUUGGAGCGCUCGGCCUCAAAAAAGGAAGAAACCAUGGACAGCCUGGAGAAGCAGUUGAUCUGUCCAAUCUGCCUCGAGAUGUUCACCAAGCCGGUGGUGAUCUUACCGUGCCAGCACAAUCUCUGCCGGAAAUGUGCCAACGACAUAUUUCAGGCCUCUAAUCCCUAUCUGCCGACGCGUGGGGGUUCUACAGUAGGUUCUGGUGGCCGGUUCCGCUGCCCAUCCUGCAGGCACGAAGUAGUUCUAGACCGGCAUGGUGUGUAUGGACUGCAACGAAACUUGCUGGUAGAGAACAUCAUUGACAUGUACAAACAGGAGACCAUCAGCACCAGCAGUAAGGUGGAACCAGAGCAGAAGCCAGGUGUGUUGAUGUGCGAGGUACAUGAAGAUGAGAAGAUUAAUAUUUACUGUGUUACUUGUUCCGCUCCCACCUGCUCUCUGUGCAAAGUGUUUGGAGCUCAUCAGAACUGUGAAGUCGCUCCACUCAAUAAUGUCUACGAGAGUCAGAAGUUAGAGAUGUCAGAAAGUGUUGCAAUGCUAGUAGGAAACAAUGACAGAAUUCAAGCUAUCAUAACCCUGCUGGAGGAAAGCUGCAGAACUGUGGAGGAGAAUGGGCGAAGGCAGAAGUCCCAUGUGUGUGAGUCGUUUGAUCACCUAUAUGCACUAUUGGAGGAGAGAAAAGGAGAGCUAACUCUGAAAAUCAGCUCUGAACAGCAAGAGAAACUUGACUACAUAAAGGGACUACAGCGCAGGUACACAGACCACCUGGACAAAAGUACUAAACUGGUGGAGACAGGAAUCCAAACAAUGGAGGAACCUGAAAUGGCAGUCUUCCUGCAGACUGCCAAACCUCUGCUACAGAAGAUAGCAGAGAGCAGGAACACCUCUCAUUUAGAAAAGUUGGAGCGUGGCUAUGAGAAUAUGGAUCACUUCACUGCCAAUUUCCAGCCAGAGAGGAGAGCCAUCCUCAACAUUGAUUUCAUCAAAGAAGAGGAUGAGGCAGAGGAUGACGAUGACGAUGAUGAUGAUGAUGAUGAUGAAGAUGAUGGGCAGGGCAGGUCUCAAAGUCAGGCAUCUGGAGGAGUAAACCCCACCCCUGUCCAGCAGAAACCUAUCCUCUCUCCAGACUCCAUACCACCAGUACCCAGCACAUCUGCACAGAUACCACCUCCAGGUCCUGCCCAAACACUAAAUAUCAGCCCUACUCCAGGUCCUGCACAAACAACAAACAUCAAUACAGCACAGAAUACACCAUUGGCCACACCCGCUCCAAGCUCGGCCCACAACCCUCCAGCCACUACAACCACAGAGGCCUCCUCCAAUCCUGCUGGUGCAGUUAGUUCUCAGAGCACAGAUGAAGGACCACCCCGUCAUGUUUUCUCCUUUUCCUGGCUCAAUACACCCAAAUAACAUAACCUGACUGCCGGCCUGCCCAGGCUAGAUAGACUCUCUCAAGUUCUGCUUUGUUACUGGAAAAUCAGUGGAGACAAUGUGACAGAUUUUCUUUAUGACUUUAUUGUGUGUGUCUUUAAUUUUUUUCCCUCAAAUGAAGCUACACCAUGUGUGCACAUAAGAAUGUGCCAGUAAAAUAUUAUAUUUCAAAAGGAAGAAGAGUGUAUAUUUUAUUACUAUUAUAAUUAUUAUUAUUAUUAUUAUUAUGUAUCCAGUGGGGUCCAAAAAUGUGAGACUACUAGUGAAGAUGCUUCUAUUCUGCUAUACUUUCUAAUAUAGUACAAUGCUUUUUAUAUGAUCAGCGUAACAUUUAAGUGAAAAGUAGAACCUUUUUAAAUUCUAUGCAUUCAUGCAUUUCAGAAUUUCUUAGUAUUUGGUAUGUCUCCCUUUUGUUUCAGUGACAGUGUGCACUCAAGCUGGGCUCCACAAGUUUGUGCAAAAGCCAGAUCCACCCAAGAGAUUUAUCUCUUCCACUGAUUAUAAGCUUCAGUGGAAGAGAUAAGACUUAUUGAAUAUUUCUUCUUCAUUUUAUUGAUCAUAGUUUUUUGCUUUGUUUGAAUUGCUUUGUUUGAACUCUAAAACUUGCUCUUGUUUAUUUCCAGGUUGAAUUGAAAAAAAUCCACAUUUUCAGUGUGGUCUCAAACCCAC